AUUCUGUAUUCGAUGCCACCGUGCGUGUGUUCUGCAAUGGCGGCUCGUUGAUCAAUGUAUGUACAACCAAACAAUCUACUUCAGCCCGCUUUGUCAACCAAAUGCGCAUUACAAAAAGUUUCUUGGUGACAAAUCUUAAACCAUGUUUUCAGGGCGGGAUGCUGGUGCUCCGGACGAGUGGGAUACCCAACAAGUUCUUGAUUGGAUGCAAGGAAAUGACAGCUCGAGGGAGGAAAUCAAAACUCGGGUCAUGAGUGUUGUCCGAGCCAACGAGCUGGACGGGCACACGUUGAGGCAACUGGCUGCAGAGAAGGACGAAAUACAAGCCCUGUUUCCCGCGCUCAAAGAUAGACUCGCCUUCAAGUUCAUGCUACGGAAAUUGUUCAAGGAAGAAAAUCCAGGUUUUCAAUAUCCGACCAGCAUCGAGAAUCAGUCAACAUCCCCGUCUGGCCAAGCUCCACAAGACGUCCACCCGACAAGCUUACACCGCGCUCACCCUGACUCAGCCACAUCACUUUGGCCCAACGUUCAUCCUGCUCCGGCGACUGCUCUCAACAAUUCCCCGGGCACUUUGAAUGCACAGCCAGGGUACCAACUGCCUGCCGCAACUGAUGAGAACUACCAACCAGCUGGGAAAAAGACAAGGCUGUUUCGUAAUAGCUAUGCAUUGCCCUUUUCAGAUCCAGCCUUGGUGCAGAAGGUUCAGAAUUUCCAACCCAUGAUGUCUGCGAUUCCUUCUGGGAUGCAACGGUCGACUGCGCCUGCAAACGAGCAGACAAACACAAACAUGCUGGCUUACUGUCUUAACCCCACCGUCGCUGGCCCUCCGCAAGCUCAGAGGCAAGUGGGCCAAACCAGGACACUGACACAUGUCGUCGCAUCUGCGAUCCCUACCUCCCAGCCUGGCAACCUUGCGACACUCCUACAAACCGCCAAAGAGUUGUCUCCGGCCCCAGAAAUCACAUCAGUGGUGUCGCUCGCUCUGAACGGUGACGACCCCGCGCCACAUCUGCCUCCUGUUUACUAUCCUAACGUCGAUCAGGCAUCCCGGGAAACGUCGCCACCGUCUACCUCCCCAGAUCCAGAUCCAAGCAUAGAGAGUCCCUGCAUGAAAACCAUAAACUAUCCGGCGCCUCUUCCGAAAUUCUCCCGUGACAUAGAGGAGAUGUUGAGGUUACACACGAAUAUGGUCACCACAAGGGAAAUGGUCACCUUGUUGCGUAGGAGGCUGAAUUAUGCGUGCGCCCGUUUUUAUUUUGGCAUUACCAACGGGCAAAAGCUGACGCAGAAGGACUACGGUAACAUUGGACGCACGGUGCUAGAGAAGUACCCACAGCUCGCUAUUGACGGUGAAUCCCCACCCUGGUUGACAUUUAACAAGAGUCUCAGCCAGUCCAUCCGCAACCUUCGUCGACUCCGCAACCUCAAAAAGACUAACUACGAUUCGCCGCAGACGAGUCCGGAAGACAGUCCGGGCGCGGUGGAAGGUCCCGUACCCGUGAGACUCAUCUCUCUUGGCCAAGGAGAGGAUUCGUACGACGAUGAUUCCGUGGCUAAGGCCAUCAAAGAGGAGGUGGAUGAAAGGUAGGCCUGACGCAAAAGUCAUGGCCAAAAGCCACCCAAAGGUAAAGGUCUAUACAUGUACUAAAAUAAGGAGUAAAUGCAGGUACAUUAAGGGUUGAUAUAGCCCCUGGGUCUGUACACCCAAAUCAUCAACAGAGCGGCGCACCCGUGUGGAACUAUAGCUCUAUGGGAAGAGGUAUACACGUGCAUCCAUGACCUAAUCUGAAAGCAUCCACAAGGGACAAAUAAAAGAUGGUAUGAAAAGACGGCGAACCACUUGGCCGAUCGAGGACAGGCUGAUCAGCACAGACGGCAUGAUGAACUUGUUGGGGAUAGGCCUAGUAGAGUACACAACAAGAAUUACAAUUCAUUAAGCAAGCUCAAACAAGAAAUUUCAUUGGUGAACCAUAUCCUGACUAGCCUUAACCAAGCUCGCGGUAGCGGACAAUGGUUGAACUGGUCUAUGUCAGUAGUCACAUCGAAAGUCAAGUGUGUCGCAAUGUACAGCAGGAAGUCGGGGCUAUAGAGGUUUCUUGGUGACGACAUGUUUGCUGAUUACUAAAAGUCAGAUCAACCUGCGAUUAUUUUGCUUGCAAAACGACGGGCACCGUCGGCAUCAAGCAGAAAAGUUUAGCCCUAUUGCUCAGGUCUCAAAGCUGAGGAAUCGUGUAAUUCUCGUGGAACAGGCGGCAUCUCGACACAAAGUAAUCGCUCGCACCCAUACUCAUGUUACCCGCGACGCGACGACGAUUCCACAGCAUAAAUAGAAAGUGUGACUUCUGAAUUCUGGGCGUGAUCCCAUGGCUGUAUGACACACUAGGCUCCUGACUAGCGCUCCUUGAACAAAGAUGUUGACUAAUUGGGGAACCACCAACAUAGGGCUGGAUAGCUCAGUUGGUAAGAGCUCCGGAACGGUUAUCCGGAGGUCACAGGUUCAAGCCCCGCUCCACUCAAUUUCUUUGUUCAACUUUUCAAUUGUUAUUAUUCACGGCUUGUCAGUUUCCUCCCAUGUGGUUCAUUAAAAAAAAAAAACACCUUCCCAUGGGGGCGCUGUUCAAACGUGGCUGCAUUAGACCAUGGCUGCAUUAGACCAUGGUUAGACAAUAGCUAACGUUGUUUGCUUUCCCAAGGGACGUUACAAUAAACAACCACUCACGAAAAAAAAAGUUGGGGGAAAAACGCACACAAUCGCUGAAAAAAAGUGACUUUAUGUUCUUCCAGCUAAUCAUGGUAACUCAUAAUGGAUGUGCUUUUCUCGGAUGCCAAAUUUUCGGGGGGGGGGGGGCGACUGGGGGCGCGCGAACUUUUUUAUGGGGGGGGGGGGCUGUUGCAAAGCAAUGUAGAUUAUAACGCCUCCUUCAUGUGUCCUUCAAAAAUUCCGCGUGAUCGUUAUGUGUAUAUGCGUGUACACGUGUAGGUGUGGGUGUGUGCGCACGUGCGCAAGGCAUUGUUUAUGUUGACCCUGUGACGCAGGAAGGAAUACUUUAUUUGAAAACCACCUAAAUGAUCGUUUGGCCUUCACAGAAUUUUGAUUUCUAGUCGGGCAGAUUGGUGCCCAAUAGGAUGGAAUUUUGAUGAUAAAAGCAUGAAAAUCAGCACACAGUCACGCAUAAUUAUAAUGGGAAAGAUAUGUGGCUACAGGGCCAUCGCAGAGUUGUUCUUUAAAAAAAAUAUCAUAGGAGAACAAGCAAUUUUCAAAAUUUUGAAA